ACUAUAGAUUUUCAGUACUGGCAGUGAAUUUCGGAACACAGCUCAUAUGUAGUUCAGUGAUCCAGUCGACAACGUGUACCAUUGUGUACCAUUGAAAUUAAUUAUCAAAUAUAGCAAGAAGUUGUAAUUAAUUCUGUGUGAAAUAGAUAGGAAAAUAGAUGACUUAUUUCGCGAUCCGAAAAUGUGUUUUGGUUCUAAUGUAGAGUUUAGUGUAUGUACAUACACAGUUUGGUGUAGUUCAAGCUAGGUGAUUAUAUUGUGAUAUAUUUGAUAAAUAUAAUUAACGCAAAAAUAAUGAAUACGAAGGAAAAGGAGAAGUACAUCGAGGAAUUCGAUUUUCCUCAUUGUGAUGAAUCUGUGAAGUAUGAAAAAGUUGCAAAAAUUGGCCAGGGAACUUUCGGAGAGGUGUUCAAAGCAAAAGACAAGAAAACAAAUAAGAAAUUUGUUGCAAUGAAGAAGGUAUUAAUGGACAAUGAGAAAGAGGGAUUCCCUAUCACGGCAUUACGAGAGAUAAAAAUAUUACAAUUGCUAAAACAUGAAAAUGUAGUCAACCUUAUAGAGAUCUGCAGGACAAAAGCUACACAAUAUAAUCGAUAUCGUUCCACUUUUUAUCUGGUAUUUGAUUUCUGUGAACACGACUUAGCCGGUUUAUUAUCAAAUGUAAAUGUGAAAUUUAGUUUAGGAGAGAUAAAAAAGGUUAUGCAGCAGUUAUUGAAUGGUCUUUAUUAUAUACAUAGUAAUAAGAUUUUACACAGAGAUAUGAAAGCUGCCAAUGUUUUAAUAACAAAAAAUGGUGUAUUAAAAUUAGCUGACUUUGGCUUGGCGCGAGCAUUUAGCGCAAAGAAUGGCCAUUCUAAUCGUUACACAAACAGAGUUGUUACUCUUUGGUAUCGACCUCCAGAACUUCUACUCGGUGAUAGGAAUUAUGGACCUCCUGUGGAUUUAUGGGGUGCCGGCUGUAUAAUGGCGGAAAUGUGGACAAGGUCUCCUAUAAUGCAAGGAAACACUGAGCAGCAACAACUUAUAUUAAUUUCACAACUAUGCGGCUCAAUCACAACUGAAGUAUGGCCUGGGGUUGAAAAUUUAGAUUUAUUUACUAAGAUGGAUCUUCCUAAAGGACAGAAAAGAAAGGUCAAAGAUAGAUUGAAGCCGUACUUGAAGGAUCCUUAUGCUUGCGAUUUGCUAGACAAACUUCUGAUUCUCGAUCCCAGCAAGAGAUGUGACUCCGACUCGGCGUUAAAUCAUGAUUUCUUCUGGACUGAUCCAAUGCCGUGUGAUCUGAGCAAGAUGCUAGCGCAACAUACUCAAAGCAUGUUCGAAUACUUGGCACCACCGCGACGACCUGGUCAUAUGCGUCAUCCUCAUCAUCAAGUACCUGGUGGACCAGCAAAGCCUAGUACCAGCAUGGCUGAAAGCGGUUAUCAAGAUCGCGUCUUUUAGCACAUUUUAUUGCAAUAUGCAUAACAUGGUUGUCUAACAUUUCACACUAUAUUUGAUAAUGAAAUAUUUAGUUUCUAAGUCAUUUUUAGAAAAAAUAAUUACAGGAAUAUUUAAAUUUCAAACGUGUUAAAAAGGUGUUGUACAUAAAAGGUUAUUCAGUGCUAUUUUUUACCACGAAUAAACUACUAAUUGCGUUCAUUGA